CAUGAUAAACAACUUUUGCUCAAAUAUUUACCCUGUGUGGUAAUGCUGGUUUGUUUUUGUUGAUUAACUCAUUGAUUGGUGGAAUAGAGAGUCCUGAACACACAGCUGAACUCAGUCAGAAUAUACUGACUACAUAACAGUACGUUUCGAGCUAUGAGUGCAUAUAUGAGCAGCAGUCCACUCACGACUCAUGUAUUAAACACUGGAGAUGGACUCCCUGCAGUCAAAAUGCCUCUCAGUCUACACCGCCUGGAUCCCUGCAUGACCCUCUGGAACCUUCUGACUGUUGGCACCACAAAUGAAGAUGGACGCUGUCCAGGACUAAUAACCAGCAAUGACUUCACACCAGGAACAUAUAAGAUGCGUUUUGAAACGGGACAGUACUGGGAGAGCUUGGGUCAAUGCAGUUUUUACCCAUAUGUUGAGAUUGUCUUCACUAUUACUGAUGCUGAGAAGAAGUUUCAUCUGCCACUCCUUCUCAGCAGAUACUCAUACAGCACAUACAGAGGGAGCUAGAGAGCCGAUAUAAAGUGAACAUUCAUCAAACAAUAUUUAAAUAGUUUUAUGUAUGAAUAACCUUGCAUUUGGGUCCAGAAAUUACCACAAACUGUUUGCCCCUUUUUGUAUGUGGAUUAUAGAAAAUUUCUUGCAGCUUCAAACAAAAAAAAAAAACUCAAAACGUCAUUACUAUGAUUCUUUUUGUGUAGCCCAAACUGCAUUGUUGUCAACAAACGAACGGUUUGUAUUACAAGAUAUCAAAAGAGGCUUACCUCAUGUUACAAUACUUUCCUAAGUCUACUGUAGCCUAACCAAACCCAGCAGGGAAAAAAUGCUAAACUGUCUUUUUUGUAAAGAUUUUUUGUUGCUUUCAAUCCUCAAAAGCACAUAUUUCAGAUGCCUCCUUCAUCAAGUACGCCUGAUUUAGCCUUUUUCGACUUAGCUCUUCAGAACCGACAGGCGGAUGACAUCACAGUACCGCGAGAGAUUCGACGGAAUACUCAUGCGUAUGAUUUCUCGAAUCGCUCUCGCGGUAUUUUGAUGUCAUUCACCUGUCGGUUCUUCCGGAGCCACAUGAAGUCCAAGCCGAAUCUUUUGUAGUUGUUGUAAAAGCUUAAUGAUUGUAACCUUACAAUAAGAGUAAUAAUGUAUACAUUUCAUAAUUCCUAGUAACUGUUAAAAACUCUGUUUACACUUUCAGAAUGGAUGUGUAAUAAAUUACUGGUUGCUCUGCUAAAAAAA